AUGGCCGCCGUCAAUCACUCGAGCUUCACCAUCGUCACGUGCGUCCUGAUCGGCGUCCAAGGCCUGGAGGAGGCCCACAUCUGGCUCUCCGUCCCCUUCUGCUCCAUGUACCUCAUUGCCCUCCUGGGGAACAGCCUCCUCCUCUUCAUCAUUAUCAAAGAGCGCAGCCUUCACCAGCCCAUGUUCCUCUUCCUCGCCAUGCUGGCGACUGCAGAUCUCGUGCUCUGCACCACCACCAUGCCCAAGACCCUCGGCAUCUUCUGGUUCGAUGCCAAGGAGAUUGCCUUUGAGUCCUGCGUCACCCAGAUGUUCAUCGUCCACUUCCUUUUCGUAGCGGAGUCGGCCAUCCUGCUGGCUAUGGCCUUCGACAGGUACGUUGCCAUCUGCAACCCACUGCAAUACUCCACUGUGCUGACACACUCCCGGGUAGCAAAGAUUGCGGCGGCGGCGGCGGUUAGAGCCUUUUGCCUGAUGGCGUCUCUGACCCUCCUCCUCAUGAGGCUGCCCUUCUGCGGCCCCAAUGUCAUUUCUCACACCUUCUGCGAGCACAUGGGAAUCGCCCGGCUGGCCUGUGCAGACAUCACGGUCAACAUCUGGUAUGGCCUGACCGUGGCUCUUUUAACCACCGGGACAGACACCAUUUUCAUUGCCAUAUCCUACGCACUGAUCCUCCGGGCUGUCUUCCGGCUCCCGUCCAAAGAUGCUCGGGCGAAAGCGCUCGGCACGUGCGGCUCCCACGUCUGUGUCAUAUUGAUGUUUUAUGUCCCGGCCUUUUUCUCAAUCUUUGCCUACAGGUUUGCUGUGAAGAGCAUCCCCCGCCCAGUUCACAUCCUGCUGGCCAACCUCUUUGCCGUCGUCCCCCCCAUGUUAAACCCCAUCAUCUAUGGGGUGAAAACCAAGCAGAUCCGAGAGCGUGUGGUCCAAGUGUGGUUGCAGGCCAGGAAAUAG